AUGCCACUUUUCCAGCGUAAUUAUAAGAACAGAAAAAGUAGCAGCCCACAAGAUCGUUCUGAAUUACUCCAGACUACUAUUGAACUUGGUAAACUCGUCAAUGAAACUGAUUUCAAUGAACCAGACGUUCAAAGUCCAGACAGUAUCAAUGCGUACAUUUAUGAACCGGAAUGCUACUUUAGUCUGAUUCAUCAGUAUGCUCGAGAAGGUGAUUUGAACAGCAUUAUCGACGCCUUCAAUAAUGUUAACUUGGCUGAUAGAAAAGCUAUUCUAUCUGCAGAAGAUUAUGAUAAGUUGACUCCUCUUCAUCACGCUUGUCGUUACGGACACAUUGCAGUUGCUCAUUUUCUCAUACAACAAGGGGCUGAUGUGAAUGCACGAGACGAUGAUUUGUUAACACCGCUACACUUUGCUGCUCGUUACAACAUUGGCAGCGAAGUUGGAGGAACUAGACGAAAAUUAAUAUCGUAUCAAAUAAUUGGGGCGCGAAAAUUACAAGGCGCCAAAAGAUGCGGUUUACAAGCACAUGAGGAAGCAGAAAUGCUAAGACACUGUGAUCCAAUCUUGUUUUGUCUAAUUAGCAACGGAGCACGUAUCGAUGCAAAAGACAAAUAUGGUCUGACGCCCCUUCAUUAUGCUGCAAUGAAAAAUAAUAUCAAUGCUGCACAAGAACUAGUGUCAUCUGGAGCUGAUGUCAACUCAAUAGAUCAGAAUCACAUGGCGCCAUUACAUACGGCUGCAGCACAUGGUUCGUUGAGUGUCAUAAAAUUGUUGGCUAAUAGAGGUGCUAAAAUUAUGGCUGUUGAUAAUCGAAAAAAUACACCACUGCAUUUAGCUGCUAGAAGCGGAAACUUGAAGAUUGUAAAAACUAUUCUAGAAGCUACAGUUGAGGCAGAUCGUUUGAAGUUGCUAAAAUUGAGGAACAAUUCCGAGGAUACUGUACUGCAUUUAGCAGCUGAUGCAAAUUGUAUUGAUGUUGUGAAAUUUUUGUUGGAAUCGGGUUGUGACGUCAACGAAACUCGAGCCAUGAGGAAUACAGCAUUACAUUCAGCGGCUAGCAAAGGUUACCGAGAAUUAGUGGAAGCUUUACUUGAGGCAGGCGCAGAUUUGACAGCCCUUAACAAGUUUAAAGAAACACCAUUACAUAAUGCUGCUGCAUACAAUAAAGUUGAAGUUGUUAAAUUCAUAAUUCAACCGGAUAUUCUACUAAAAGCAAAAAAAAUUUUAUCAAUGUUUGAAUCGUCAGGCACUGAUCGGGAUAGCUACGUAACAUUGGCAAAGGGUGAAGUUCUGGAAGCUCCAGACCAUCGUGGUUCAACACCAUUUUUGGUUGCUGUAUCACAGGGACAUUUAGACACUGUAAAAUAUCUGUUGGACAGUGUUUGGUCUAACUUCUCCUCUCAUGUAAAAAGUGAAUUUAUCAACAGUCCAAAUCGUUACCAAGAAACUCCAAUGCAUAUUGCGGCUGCUUGUGGUUUUCUGGAAAUUUGUGAGGUAAAAAACGACAAAUUUUGA